AUGGCUGCAGCAGAGACCGCCUUGCCCUCCAUCAGCACGCUGACCGCCCUGGGCCCCUUCUCGGACACACAAGAAGACAUCCUCAAGUGGUGGCGCUCUGAAGACGUGCAGGACUUGGGCCCGGGUCCCCCCGACCAUACUGGGCCACCCCUCCACGUGAGGCCUGAGCUGGAGGACGCGCCUGGGGAGGACGAAGAUGAUGACAGGGACGCAGCUACCCCCUGGGACCUGGAUCUCCUCCUCACCAACUUCCCGUGCCCAGAGCCCGGCGGCGCGCCCCAGACCUGCGCGCCUCAGGCUUGCGCUCUGGCGCCCGGCGAGGGCUCCGGAGCGCAGUUCCCACCGCCGCCCGAGACUCUGGGCGCGUAUGCGGGCGGCCCGGGGCUGGUGGCUGGGCUCUUGGGCCCUGAGGAGCACCUGGGCUGGGCGCGCCCGGCCCCACGAACCCCGGCUCCCGAUACCUUCGUGGGCCCAUCCCUGAUCCCGACCCCCGAGCCCAAAGCGCUGCCGUUGCAGCCGUUGUACCCGGGACCGGGCGCGGGUUCCUCCGGCAGCUACUUCCCGAGGACGGGUCUUUCAGUGCCUGCAGCGCCGGGCGCCCCCUACGGGCUGCUGUCCGGGUACCCCGCGCUGUACCCGAUGCCGCAGUACCAAGGGCAUUUCCAGCUCUUCCGCGGGCUCCAGGCUCCGGCACCCGGUCCCGCUUCGCCCCACUCCUUCCUGAGUUGUCUAGGGCCCGGGACGACGGGUGCAGGACUCGGGGGGACUACAGGAGACCCAGGAGGGACCGCGGAGGCCGCGCCAUCCAAGCGCAGCCGGCGAUCGUGGGCACGCAAGAGGCAGGCUGCGCACACGUGCACGCACCCGGGGUGCGGCAAGAGCUACACCAAGAGCUCGCACCUGAAGGCGCACCUACGCACGCACACAGGGGAGAAGCCAUACGCUUGCACGUGGGACGGCUGUGGCUGGCGGUUCGCGCGCUCUGACGAGCUGACCCGUCACUACCGAAAACACACAGGACAACGCCCCUUCCGCUGCCAGCUCUGUUCACGUGCGUUUUCGCGCUCCGAUCAUCUGGCCUUGCACAUGAAGCGUCAUCUCUGAGCCCCGCCUCUGGCACUUGGACCUUCCUGGGGACUGGGGUUGGAACAAGAGCGGAUCCACUCAGGGUGGUUUUCCCUCGGAUGAAUCCUCAUCUGGACUCUAGGCCCCACAGAUGUAGCAAAAGAUCAAGGACUGGCCCAUAGACGCAGCCGGGAGAGCCUCCAACAUAAGUUCCCACAGGUCCUCGGCCACAGACAGCCACGAUCAUGUAGACCCAGCAAGACACACCUCCAAAUAAACGGACUCAAAUGGAUACUCAGAUACUUCUGACAAAGAGACAGACUCUCAGAGAGCUAGACCAUCAAACCAGCUCACAGGUGACCCUAGACAGUGAGCGG